AUGACAGAGCCGGAUGGCCCAUCCAUCGAUGGUUUCGCCUCCUUCGAAAGGCCCAUGGAUGAUCUGGGCAGCCCCAGCAUCAUCCUGCCCUUGCCCCGCGAGAGCCCAAGCCCUCCCAGCCCCAGUCUGUCGCAGCUGGAGCGCGCUGAGCUGGUAAAGCUACGGGAGGAGGUGGCGCAGUUGCGCUCACAGCUCGGGUCGAACGGAGCGAAGGAAUCGAGGAACAGUCUGGAGGAGACAGCGGCCUCUGGAAAAGGGGUAUGGAGCGGCCUCGAGGAGACGGCCUCCCAGCUGCGCGCGGAUCGGCUGUCGGACUGCGCCACCAGCCCUGGGUCCAGGUGCCAAUCCCUGUCUGAGACUUCGGUGAAGGCUUCCCGGUGUGACUGGGUACUGAGGGAGCGCGCGUAUUGCUGGGCCCGGGACUUCUUCCUGGACCAGCAAGUCACGCGGACGCGCGGGGAGCUCCUGGCGGCUGUCCAGAAGAACGCGGAGAUCGUGGAGUACUUUUUGAAGCACUUCGCUCCUCUUCUGGCGGGUGAUCCUAACAGGUGGGUGACUUGGGACGAGUUUGUGGACUGCUACGUGGAUCACUGCAAGCACUGCCCUCCCAGCUUGAGAGACUCCCAGCUGGAGCCGUCGAAUCACCGGCCCAGCACAUUGCCGCGCAGUUCCCAUAGCUUCAUCUCAGCAUCAGCUCAGGACGCAGAGUCACCUGUCCUUUGGGCCUUUGGGUUCUGUCGCUUCACAAAGUCUGUUUGGCUCAAGGCUCGAGUGAAGGCUGUUUCGCGAAUCCUGCGAGGAUUCGCUGCAGAUCUCCUGGUCAUCCGCAGAUGA